UUGUGGAGGAAACUUUUCUUCCAGAGAGAGAGAGAGAGCGGCUCCUCCUCUCCACGCGUCCGACCUGAGUUCACAUCAGCCGGACACUUUCCCCACAAACAGCCGCCUCCUUUCCUCCGGUUACCGGCUGUUUUCUGCUUUUACAGUGUUUGUAUUUAUCUGUGAGCAGUGCACUCAGAAGGAUUACCGGGGAGGAUGUGAUGGAGCGGUCCCGGUAAAGUUGAAGGCUGAAAAAAAAAUAGCUCCGGUUCUCCCACCCCGGUCAGCCUGCUGCUGCUCCCCGCCUCAGAGGCCAUGGGCUGCGGCUUGAGGAAGCUGGAAGACCCGGAGGACAGCAGCCCCGGGAAGAUCUACUCCACCCUGAAGAGACCUCAAGUGGAGACAAAAACUGAGACUGUGUACGAGUAUGUGCUGCUGGACUUCAGCCUGGAAGGCAGCCGCCCCACGGUGCAGUACGUGUCUUCGCUCUCCGAGCUGCCCCAGGCUCUGCAGCCGUACUACACUCAGGGCUACGUCCUGACCGCCCUGCAUCCCAUAAUACUGUCUGUGGGCCGGAGCCGAUCGCUGCCCUUCAGCCUGUUAUACCGCGCCAUCAUGGCCCGACCCAGGUCCAGUAAGCAGAUGGCGUCCAUGUGUUACAGCGUGCCGAUGUUGAAGGUGGAGGAGUGGCCGUUACCUGGAGAUUCACUGACGAGCGACACGGUCCGAGCGCUCAUCGACAGGGUGAACAGCAGCGCUCGAGGGGGCGUUCGAUUCGUUGGCUCGGUCCUCCAGCAGGUGAGCGGGGUCACUAACGGUGGAGUUCAUAGCCCAAAGAGGGGCUGCCGCUCCCCCCCCAGAUCCCCCCCCCGAACUCCACCUGGAGACGCAGAGCUGGAGGAGCACACCUACAGUCCUGACCUGAGGCUGCUGGUGUUCUUCCACUGCUGGGCUCCGGGCUGCUCUCCUCUCGACUCGCUGGCCUGUCAGUACCACCAGGGGGCGCUCUCCAUGCGCGUCUCCAGGAAGGGUCAGGUGGUCAGCUCCCUGGAAGCUGAUUGGCUGGAGCUCACCGCCGCUUACUACCGAAAAGGCUGGUCGCUGGUGGACUCCUUCGUGUACUGGGACACGCCCAAAGGCGAGCCGGUGCCCAGAUCCCUGGAGGGACUGUUUGUGUACGAAGAGAGGAGCACCUCUCCUCCCGCCAACGACACCAUCGUGGUGGAGCAGUGGACCGUAAUAGAGGGCUCUAAUGUGAAGACGGACUACGGACCCCUGCUUCACACGCUGGCUGAGUUUGGUUGGCUGCUCACCUGCGUGCUGCCCACUCCCAUCAUCCGCCACGACAGUGAUGGGAAUCUGGCCACGAAGCAGGUUGUGUUUCUGCAGCGUCCGGUCAGAGGUCAGGCAGCGGGGCAACAGAGGAUCCCGACCCUCUCGGUGCACAGCGAGGUUUCCAAUCGCUCCGUGAGUCGGUCGGUCAGCAGCCCCCUCUCCCCCCCCGAGGAUCCCUCUCCCACCGCGGGGGGCAUCGGGGGCUUCCCAGUGUUCGGGGGGGGGUAUCCCAGCGCCUUGUCCCACCUGGAGGAGGGGGGCUUCGAGCAGGAGGAGGGGAAAGCUGAGGUCACCUGCAUGUGAGACGGAGGAUUACUGAAGGAAAAUCCACGGACUUUUUUUAUUUAACAGAGACUUUAACGUAGAAGAACUCUGCACUUUUAUAAUAACAAAAAUGUUUUUCAUGAAGCCAUAAUGAGGAUGAGGUAUACUUUUAGAUCUAUGUCCAGACUUUAAGAUAUGUUAAGGGAAGAAACACAUACACACUUUAUGUUCUUCAAGUGCACAUGGGAAAUGGUCACAUUAAAGCACAGAUUUCUGCACAUUUUUGGAAACACUGGUGGUGAUAUGUGGUAAAAUGGCACCAGCUCACAUCAUUUUAAAAGUUGAAUUCCUUCACAGUUAAACACAUUUUAUUUUCCCAUUAUUAUAUAUGUGUGUACAUGUUCUUCCACACCUUCAUAUGCGCUCCUUGUAUUUCAAAAUAAAAGCUCCUCUCCUAUGAAAGGAAGGUUAUUCAGGUCACUUUAUUCCUGUGUACUUUGGUACUGACAGUAGUACAUUUGUACACAUAACAGUAGUUCUCUGAGGAAAGUCUGAAGUAUUUUCGAGUUCUGGUGCUAUGAGGAUUCAUAUCAGUGUUUUUAACCUCCCUCCUAAUUCGUGCCAUUUCAUAAUCAUUCUGAAAAUGGUUGUGUCUCAUCAUGCAUACAUUUAAAAGUAUUAUUUCAUAUCUCAUCAGCCAUGAUAUGCAUUGUUUUCCUUUAGUGCAAAGUGCUGUUUUGCAGCUUGUAUGGUACUGGAAAUACACCUGCUGCUUUUCUUAUAUUAAUACAAUAACAUAUGUAAUUCCUUAAAGGGUAACUCCGCCUAUUUUAUGCAUCAAAGUGUGACUACAUGUCUCUGUAAAGUAGUUGUAUAAAGCAUCAGUUUGUUCUAAGGACUACAAGUGGUUCUGUUGCAUUGUGGGUAAUGUAGGCGACAGGUUUAGAAUAGGAACACAAUCAUGAAUUGUAUACUUUUUUUUUUAAAAACGGUAUGUGAACAUUGUUAUAGGAGGGAAUAUGUUAAGUGGAGUCCUAUAAAAGCAACGAAAGGGAUUUUUUUUUAAGAGGACACAAUGCUGUUAUAUAUAUAUAUAUAUAUAUAUAUUUAGAUGUUAGCAACCAUUGUGCAGAUUUGGGUUUCAGAUAAAUGUGAUGCAUGUUAUUUUGCUUUUUUGGGGUAAAGAGAUGAAAUGCAACUAGUUCAGGUAUAUCAGUGAUGUACAUACCACUCAUUUAUACAUGUUUUAAAUGUAUUAAACUCUCCAAUUCUGCGUCAGCAUUUACUACAUUUCAGUAUUACAUUUCCAGCCUUUCAUCUAAUUUUGUUUUGCAGAUUUGUAAAUUUUUAUUGUAUUAAACAUUUAUUUCCCAUGGUU